CACAGCUGCGGGACCGACACCCCGAAAACCACCCACCGCCCGGACCGACACACUGACGAUGGAGAUGUAUCAGGCCGCUUACUACACCGAGGACUUCAAACCGCAAGAAGUUCCGGCCGGAUUUGACUUCGCCUCAUACGAUCUGAGUGGUGAAGAUCUGUCCUUCCUGUCAGACAGUGGCGCUUCAGGACAGCAGCCAGUAACAGAGACCUACGCAGAACACGAGAAAGAUUUUCAGCUGUACGGAUCCAAAGCAGGUUCCAGUGACUCUGGUCUGUUUAAUCUGGAUGCAUAUCAUGAACUGAACUUCUGGACGACCUGCUCUAGUGGUGCAGCUGGUGUUGACCAAUCACAGGGUGGCUUUCAGGAGUCCUCACAGACGUACCAGGAUCUUCUGCCGUCGUGUGCUCCUGCUCGGAGUUCCCCGUUCAGCUUGAACACAGCAGAGACCCUCAGGGCUGCUCCAGCACACAGCACCAUCCACAUGGAGCAGCUCCGCGAUCCUGAAAGAAGCUACACACACCCCAGUGGGGCGGUCUUUGAACCUGACAUCCAAAGCAUGGCCCCACCCUUCUGGUCCAACUACCCCUCCCCCAGCUACUGCCUGCCCCUCCAGAGCCAUCCUCCAUCUUGUGCCUCCUCUCCUGCUCUGCAGCCCUCAGACCAAUACUGCCCUCGUGUGGCCAAACGCAGAAGCACACAUUCUCAGAAAUCGGAGCCGCAGGGCGAGAUAGCGGCAAUGUCAGCUUACACAGGCUCAGGGCCCAUCCAGCUCUGGCAGUUUCUGCUGGAGCUGCUCCUGGACUCUGCCUGCAACACCUUCAUCAGCUGGACAGGAGACGGCUGGGAGUUCAAGAUGUCUGACCCUGCUGAGGUUGCUAAGCGAUGGGGCCAGUGCAAGAACAAGCCGAAGAUGAACUACGAGAAGCUGAGCCGAGGCCUGAGGUACUACUACCACAAGAACAUCAUCCACAAGACCGCCGGCAAGCGCUACGUCUACCGCUUCGUCUGUGACCUGCAGGGGAUGCUGGGAAAAAGCUCCCGGGACGUGCUGGCCAGCCUGAACAUUCCAGCUGCGGGGGCAGAGUGUGCACCCCAGCCCUUAGGAAACGCCCCCAAAAAAACAACCGAAGACACCUGUGACACAUGGCUGACACAGUGACAGACAGCAGCGCAGUGACCGUGGGACCCGCUCAGUACCCCUCCUACACGCACCGGGGAGCUCCGUUCUGUUCCAGAACUUUCCAAGGCUGUCUGCUCGGUGCUCGAGACUGGCUCCUGUCGUGCCGGCAGCAGUGGUGCUGUCGACCUGUGGGAUCUUGCAGGUCUGGAACUGAGUCAGGUCAUUUCACCAGUACUGAAGCUUCACAAUGCUUUUUAGACUUCUCAGAUUGAGGAGGAUAUAAGCACCCCCCUAAACAGCAUUCAUACAUCUGAUUACCAAGGCCCACUUUCUCUGACCUGACUUGAUUUAGUGAAGAUUAAUACCGGCACAGACCUGUUAUUAAAAUCUAUUCUGAUCAGGUAAACUAAGCACUAUUAAUGGUCAUAUUCUACAAUGUAAGUAUUUUGAAAUCUUCAAAGGAACAAAAUAUUUUCAAUGGCAAAAAAUAGAGCAAAUAUAUCUCGCUCACUGUGGACCCAUCCAGUAAAGGUAGCAUUUAAACUGAGUACAAUGUUUUUUUCUUGUACCAACACUACAUGUUCCUAUUUAAAUGUUAACCUGUUAUAUUUGAAGAUAUAUGGAGAUUGUGCAGGAAAAUAUAUCCUUAGGGUGUCAAAAGUACCGUGAAAAUAUCAAAUGUGGUCACGGUAAUCUACCUCCUGUGGUAAUUCUUACCUGCAUUAUGCUGCACGGUCAGGGCUGCAGCAGCUAAUCAGUGUUUACCAUAUAAAACGCGUUAUUUCUUAUGUCUACAAACUUUUGUGGGAACUAGAGAAAACAUGUAAAUAAAUUGUGUAUAAAUGUGAAA